UACGCAGCAGCGACCGUUGGAGGAGAGGGAAAGAAAUUAAAUAAAUAAAAACACGGAGCACGACUUUUUCAAAGUACUAUUCUGUCGAAUGAAUACGUUUACAGUGUUUAAAGAGACCAAUGCAGACGAGCAGACCAGCAGUCUGGUAGCUAUAAACAGAGAAGUGGUGCGAAGGGAGGAGGACAGGAAAUAAAGGAGUCACCUGGAGGGUCUCCGUCAAUCCACAUUUCAGUUGGAGCGAGGGAAAACGGCACAGAGGGAGAGAGGGAGAAAGGAGACGAGGAGUGGGAGUCGCGUCUGCUCUUGGCAGCUGUUCCAGCAGCCCAUUUCAUUAUUUUGGCUGUUAUUUAGAUCCCUGCGUUACUUUUUCUUUUGGAUGAAUCAGUUGAUAUUUUUAACUUUAAUGUGAGAUAUAACUGCUGUAAAAAGAUAAAAAAAAAAAGUGGAAAAAAAAACAAAGAAAACAUUAUUACUAGCAAGAGUGUUUUAUUUUGUUCCAUCGUUGAUUUCCAAGGUUCUUUUUGUUUCUUUUUUUAUGUUUAACAACCCUUUUUCGGCUGUGAGUAGCAGGAGCUUCCAUUCUCCAAACUAUCGUCGAAACCCCUCCCCGCCCUUUCCUUUUUACUUAGUUAGGACCUGAUAACCUGGUAUUCCUCAAGCACCUGAAACUGGCAGCUAUUCUCUCUGUGUCUGUGUGUUUGGGGAGCUCUGUGACCACAGCUUAAGCACCACUCAGCCUUCUAGUCACCUAAGCCUAACUAAAGCCAGCCAGCUCGAGCCUGGUCCAGCCCAGUCCAGCCUGCUCCGAUUAUCUGGACAGGAUACUCAGUUCUGUGUGGACGUGAGGAAUAUGACUGCUGAGACUCUUAACUUCGGCCCAGAAUGGCUUCGUGCACUGUCCAGUGGGGGGAGUGUGACAUCCCCCCCUCCUUCCCCCGCCAUGCCAAAGUACAAGCUGGCCGAGUACCGCUACGGCCGAGAGGAGAUGUUAGCACUUUAUAUCAAAGACAACAAGGUCCCGGAGGACAUGCAGGAUAAGGAGUUUGCUGCUAUUCUGCAAGAUGAGCCCAUGCAGCCCCUGGCACUGGUGCCUCUCACCGAGGAGGAGCAGAGGAACUUCUCCAUGUCGGUGAACAGUGUGGCGGUGCUGAGGCUCAUGGGAAAAGGGGUGAGUGGAGCCGCCCCAGCUGGAGUGGUUCGUGGACGAGGGGCCGCAAGAGGUGGUCGAGGCCGAGGUCGUGGCGAAGGUGGAUUCUACCAAAGAAGUAUUGAAGAUGCAGAGGUGGGCUUCGGCCGAAGUGUCCGAGAGAUUCACCGCAGCCAGAGCUGGGACGACCGGGGCGAGCGUCGAUUCGAGAAGCCUCUGCGGCGGGAGGUGGGGCGGCCUGGCUUUGAAGAAGCCGGAGGUCCCGGGGGUCCAGGGAGGAAGGAGUACACAAGGGCUGACAGCGAUAACUGGCGCACCCUCCGGGAGGAGCAGGAGGAGGAUGAGGGGGAGCCGGGCAGCAACUGGAGACUCGCUGGACCCCGCAGGGAUGAUGGUGGUCCUCGCUCAGCGGGCUGGCGGGACCACAACGGUCCAGGCGAAAGCCGUCGGAGGAAGUUCGAUUUCGACUUCCGGGACUCGGAGGGCCACAGCGGGGGCCGGCGGCGUGCGGGCAGCGACGGUCUGGAGGACGACAGGGACGGCCUGCCUGAGUGGUGUACAGACGAAGAGGACGGAGACCUGGGCACCUUCGACUCCUCCGGGGCGUUCAUGCCUCUGAAGAAGGGCGGCAAGGAGACAAUCCUGGAGGAGGAGUUAGAUUUCAAGGGGAUCGAGGAGGAAGACGAGGAGGAGGCCUAUGCCGACGUGGAGAGGAACUGCACUGAAGGAGACAAAGACAAGGAGUGUAAAGAAGCCAUUCCUGCAGUUGGGGAUGGCGAGAUAAAGCCAGCAUCACCCUCCUCUUCUCCUCCAGUCCACUGCACCCCUCCAUCCCUGGAGCCGCAGCCCAGCCUGGCCGGUCAGGUGGUGGAGAACGCUCCGCUCAGCAACAGCCACCCUGUGAAGGCCAACAGCUCGCCCAGCGAAGACGUAGCUCCCAUGGGGGGCUCCAAGGCCCAGCUGAGCCCCAGCCCCGCCGCCUCCUCCGCCCUGCCUCCCCCUCCCCCUUCCUCCGCCGCUCCUCUCCUCCCUCCAUCUGGAGGAGACGCAGAGGAUGAUGAAGGCAUGAAGCACCUGCAGCAGGAGGCCGAGAAGAUGGUGGCCUCGCUGCAGGACACCUCCAUGGAGGAGGAGUGUUUCACCCAGGCGCUGCAGCAGCAGCAGGAGAGCAGGAACACUGCGGCCGCUCUGCCGCUGUCGCACGAGGCCGCCAUGAAGUGGUUCUACAAGGACCCGCAGGGGGAGAUCCAGGGUCCCUUCACCACGGUGGAGAUGUGCGAGUGGUUCCAGGCGGGCUACUUCACCAUGACCCUGCUGGUGAAGCGGGGCUGCGACGAGGGCUUCCAGCCCUUGGGCGACGUCAUCAAGAUGUGGGGCCGCGUGCCCUUCGCCCCGGGGCCCUCCCCGCCGCCCCUGCUGGUGAGACAGCUCCCUCCGACGCAGCGCCCGCAGCCCACCCGGGGGCCCGCCGGGACUGUGAGUCAGAGCUCAGCCAACCUAGUGGAUGGGGAGGGGAGGCUGGAGAUGAGAGGGCACAUUAACAGACAGGUUGGGGGAAACCUGGACCAGGAGCGCCUGAAAAAGCAACAGGAGCUGGCAGCAGCAGCUCUUUAUCAACAGCUCCAGCAGCAGCAGCUAUUCCAGCUCAUUAACAGUGAGCAGGGUAUGAUGCCUUCGAUGAACAGGUCGAUGUCAGUGCCAGAUACAGGGUCCAUGUGGGACAUGCAUACCUCAGCUUCACAGCCGUCAGGCGGUGAAGCCAGUCUUUGGGACAUAACAAUGAAUCCUUCUACUCAGGGUCCAACUCUCGAACAGCUUCAGAAGCUCCAGCAGGAGAGACGAGACGCUGAACUCAGGGCGAAGCGUGAGGAGGAGGAGCAGCGUAAGAGGAGGGAGGAGAAGAGGAGGCAACAGGAGGAACAGAAAAGGAGGGAGGAGGAGGAGCUCUUCAGACGGAAGCAGUGUCGUCAGCAGCAGGAGCUGAUCAUGAAACUGCUGCAGCAGGCCCCCCAGCAGCAGGGACCCGGGGCGGGCGGCUCCAGCUGGAGCGGGGCUUCCUCCUCAGGGCUCGCAAAGGCGGGAAAGCCCCCGGCUCUGGCUCUGCUGGAGAUGCAGCAGGAGCUCCUGAAGCAGCAGCAGCAGCAGCAGAGAGCCCAGCAGCAGAGAGACCGCCACUCUGGCAUGUCGAUGGGCAGCUCCUCCAUGGGGGGCCAGUGGGUGGAGGGUGUUGGCAUGUGGGGUGGCUCCAGCGGAAUGGAGGGCAAGGGCAGCGGCGGAGGCUCCUCCAGCAGCAUGGGCAUGUGGGACGAGGCUGUGAAGAACCAGGCCAGUCUGCGCGGGAACAGCAACAACAACCUGGGCCUGAAGAACAGCCGCAGCAGCCCAUCACUCAGCGAUCAGUACAUGAUGCGUCGCAAGCGGACGGAGGAGGAGGAGAAGCUCCUGAAGCUGCUGCAGGGCAUGAAGCCUCAGGACGGCUUCACCACCUGGUGUGAACAGAUGCUGCACGCUCUCAACACCUCUGCCAACAACUCUUCCUCCUCUCUGGAUGUUGCCACCAUCGUGGCAUACCUGAAGGAGGUGGAGUCUCCCUAUGCAGUGCUGGAUUUCAUCCGGUCCUACCUAGGGGACACAGUGGAAGCCAAAGAGUUCGCCAAACAAUUUCUGGAGCGACGUGCCAAACAGAAAGCCAACCAACAGAGACAGCAGCAGCAGUUAUCAAAGGAAGUGGCUGGGUUAAACAUGAACUUCCCUCUGCAGGACUCGAUGCGAGGUAUGAAUCCGAGCACUCUGCAGUCCAUGUUCCAGGCCAACCACAUGGGCAAGGCUGGUCUCUAUGACAACCAGGGGGGAAAGAUGAAGAAGAAACAGCCCAUGAUGCUGCACUCUGACCCCAGCAUCUUAGGGUACUCAUUCCACAACGCGGGCGACUGUCUGAGCCUGAAUGAGAUGGAGAUGGUGGAGGAUUACUGAUGUGACGCAGCGCAGCAGCAAUAGCUACCUGAGGCCUUCUGUCUUUUAAUCAGACAAACCUGAUGACGAAUGUGCACUGCUGGGGGGAACCAGGGGGGCGGGGGAGGGCGAGAGAGAGAGAGUGUGUGUAAAAGAGGGAGGUUGCAGGGGUGGAGGCGCCGACCGAGGCACCUCCCACUCUUUCAUUCCCUCCGGGUCGACACAAAAAAA